AUGCUGAUUACUUGUUUCUCAGAUUCUGCUACUGAUGUUUUUAGUGAGAGAAGGGCAUUCGGUAAGUUAUUGGUAGCUUACUUGCGGAAUUGUUUUUAUCCUGUGCACGCAGGAAUGACAGUGCUUCGUGAUGACUGGGAUGAUGUGAAAGUUCAGAUGCUCGAAUCUCAAAUUUCAGGAGCCCCCUUUGAUUGUCAUUUUCGUGUUGAAUCGAAUCGUCAUCACUGGGUUCGAGUACAUGCUGCCCCGAAGCUGCUGGAUGAUGGAACAACUGAGUGGUCUGGCAUUGCUCUGGACAAGACGUUAGAGUACGAGACACUGGAUGCUCUUAGAGAAGCACGGGAUAAUGCAGAGAAGGCUGCUCAAGCUAAAGCUACGUUUCUGGCUCACAUGUCCCAUGAGAUCCGGACGCCAAUGAAUUCAGUGAUCGGAAUGUGUACACUUCUUUUGGAAACUGCACUUACAGAUGAGCAACAUGAAUACGCCUCUACUAUCCGACACAGUGGAGAAGCAUUGAUUGGAAUUAUAAACGAUAUUCUUGACUAUAGCAAAAUCGAGGCUGGUAAAAUGGAACUUGAGCUCAGGCCAGUUAACUUAACACGCUGCGUUGAGGAGACGUUUGAUAGCAUUUCUCCUCUAGCAGCUAUCAAGUCUCUUGAAUUGACAUACUCCAUCACGGAAACUGUCCCGAAAGUUGUUCUUGCGGACUUGAUUCGAAUCAGGCAAAUCCUGAUAAAUCUUCUCAGUAAUGCUGUGAAGUUCACAAGUAGUGGUGGUGUUUACCUGAGCAUCAAUGGCCACAGGACAGCCAAAAACUUGUGGGACAUUCAAUUUUCUAUAAAGGACACAGGCUCAGGCAUUCCAGCCAACCGAAAAAACUGUCUUUUCCAGGCCUUUUCACAGGUUGACGCGUCAACAACUCGCAAAUAUGGUGGCACAGGACUUGGCCUGGUGAUAUGUGCUCGUUUAUGCAAACUACAUGGAGGUCGUAUAUGGGUGGAGACUGACUUGGGAGCUGGAAGUACCUUUCACUUCACGAUCCGCGCCGAAGAAGUGCAAUGUGUCACCAACGCCAGCGUCAAAGACGAUGCCACUGCAAGCCUUCAUGGGAAGCGAGUUCUUGUUGUCGAUGCUUGUAGCAGCAACACGCAAGCAAUGUGUGCAAAUAUUCUGAAGAGUUUCGAUAUGAGGCCAAUAUGCGCGAGUGACAGCAAAGAUGCUUUGGCUUUGCUACGUCAAAUGGCGGCCGAGCUUUAUGUCGUGAUAUUCAACAAUGUAUUAUUUGAUGCAACAGACAAUAGCCAAGCCGUGGAGUGUUUAAAAUAUUGCCAGGACGACUCACACAUCCCAACUGUGAUACUUGUUCCCUUUGGGGAGCGCCAGCGAGAGUACCACUUCCCGGGUGUUGACAAACCGAUCAGAUUCCAAGCCUCCGUUUGUAAGCCUAUCAAGGAGUCGCAACUUCGCGGUGUUUUAUUGAGUUUCAUGCCUCAAACUUCACUCCGACAGCAGCAUGAGGUGGUUUCCUCUCCAAAGAGGCUGGUCGAGGUGUCGAAAAUGUGCCCGCUACGCAUCCUGGUGGCCGAAGACAAUCCGAUCAAUCGGAAGGUUAUUAUAAAGUUGCUCGGGAGACUAGGAUACGAAGCUGAUGUAGCUGAGAAUGGGCUAGAAGCACUAAAACGGGCCAAGGAAAACAAGUACGAUGUUUGCUUGAUGGAUUGCUACAUGCCCGAGAUGGAUGGGCUCCAAGCAUGUAGAAGAAUCAAACAAGAAGUUGCUUCGCCCCCGCUCGUCGUUGCUGUAACCGCGGCUGCUCUGGAAGAGGAGAUGCGCCAGUGUUACGAGGCCGGCAUGUAUAUGUGUUUGUGCAAGCCGAUCAAUGGGGACGACCUCAUGCAAACGUUGCAAAAGUGCUGGCAACUUAUCAACGAGAAGCCGGCCUCUUGAAAAAUAUAUGUGUAAGCUUUAGUGUGUGAAUGUGGACUUCCAGCGACCACAGUGGGAUUCGAACCCACGACCUUCAGAUCCGAAGUCUGACGCGCUCAUCCACUGCGCUACGCGGCCAUUAACGACGAGCUUGGGCACAAGAACAAACACGACGACCAAGAGAAACCUAUCGCAAGCUUGGAGAAGG